AUGGUGCGUCCGCGAUCCAAGCGCCCCAGAACAUCGGAUGCCAGGACGUCGGUCUCCGAAGAGGAAGAAUCAAGUCCUAUCUCCUGCGAGAGUUGCAGACAGAAGAAAUGCAAAUGUGACCGCAAGCUGGGAUUACCACUGGGCUAUCUCAACCAACUCGAGCAGCGACUCGCCGAGACCGAGCAGGCAUUAUAUGGAGCACUCGUGACACUGCGCUCAAUGCAGCCCGUAACUAUGAUCCGCGCAUGCCCCAAGCCCGAAACUGCACCAAAACAAAAGGCUGCUCGCGUGGAGGAGUGGACUCGCCUUCCACUUCGGGAAUGGCCGGAUCUGGAGCGUUGGUCGACGGUGAUGUCGGAGCAAUUUAGCAUUGAACUGCCCGCUAGGGAGGUGUUAUAUCCCGCAGCCUCUGGUGGAGAUGUUUAUUCGGGUCCGAUUACCCCAGGUCAUCUCGGUGGGACCCGCAACUGGAGUCGUCUGGGAGGUCCCCGGUUGCACUCCGCUUCUUAUCUGUCCACGGAGAGGGCCCUCGCAGAAGGCGGCCACGAAGAGCGACGACAACCUGCUCCCAUGCUGGAAACUUGUCCCUCAUCAUCCGCCAUACACGGCACUGUGGCUGGUUCCGCAUCCAUUGCUCGGUCGCCCUCCGAGAUGGGCGAAUGUGCCAGGUCACUUCCGGCUGCAAGGGAUGGUGAUCCAACCACAACGGAGACAGGACCGGCGCGCCAGCUGACACAGAGAAACCCUAACAUAUAUUUCUGA